CUCAGAGACAUGAGGCACGAGAACCUCAAUCUGUUCCUGGGACUGUUCUUCGACUCUGGGAUCUUCGCUAUUGUGACCGAGCAUUGCUCCAGGGGCAGCUUGGAGGAUCUGAUCAACAACGAGGAAGUGCGUCUCGACUGGAUGUUCAAGUCCUCCCUGUUAAUGGAUCUGAUUCGGGCGAUGAAGUACCUCCACAAUCGGGACGUCAUCCACGGACGACUCAAAUCCCGAAACUGUCUGGUAGACGGUCGCUUCGUAUUGAAGGUGACAGAUUAUGGCUACAAUGAAAUUGUGAUUGCCCAAGGCUUAAACACUGAAGAGGAAAAUAAUGAGGAUCUGCUUUGGACGGCUCCUGAGCUGCUGAGAAGUCCCAUUCUGAGGAAAAGGGGAACUUUAACAGGAGAUGUCUACAGCUUCUCUAUCAUUGGGCAGGAGGUCAUCUCUCGCUCAUCACCCUUCUGCAUGCUAGACAUGCCACCCAAGG